AUGACUGAUGCUUUCGAAAAUUUGCUGGCUGCAGUGGGUAUAAUAUGUGACGCAAAGGAACAUCGUCGUCUUGCAGAGAAAGCAAAUGAUGACUCUGAGGAAGAAGUAGAAGAAAGCGAGAAAACUGUAUUCCGGAGAGAAACAAGGGUUUCUACUUGUUUAUCAUCGCUCCUCCUCGACACGGCUGAGUCGGAGAAUACGGAGAACAGAAAGCGCAAGAAGCGUGCCGUGCCACUACAGAGUCUUGUUAGAUCCAAGAUAGCAAAGGUUGCGUCUUCUCCACGGCAGGAGAGAGAGACGCCAGAGUGGCUUCUCGAUGUGAUGAGAGAGAUGAGGGGAGCCCAAGGACCGAUCCGGCUGAUCUAUGUGAAGCCUCUGACCCCGAGUGACGUCAAGCCAGGACCGAGCCGUCUCUUAAUACCUUUCCAGCAGUUAAUAAGAAACGACUUCUUGACUCAUGCAGAGUCUCAAGCCAUAUGGAAUGGUCUCGGAACGAUUCUCGUGAAUCAAAGGUCGGAACAGUGGGAUUUACGUAUUAAGAUAUGGGUGAUGAAGAAGAAGAAAGACUCUCUAAAAGGAACCUUGAACUACUGUUUGAAUCAUGGCUGGAACGACGUUGUCAAGGGUAACAGAUUGAAAGCCGGAGACAAGAUUUGUCUUUGGACUUUCAGGUGCCGUAGAGUUCUCUGCUUUGCACUUGAUACAGAGUAG